GAGACGAGGGAGAGCAGACAGCGCCAAGGAGGAGGAAGCUUCUUCGGCGUGUCGGUGCGCGGUCUCGGACGAAGGGGGCGAGAAACGUACGUUUGUAAUUCGGCGUGGCUGCCUUCGAGGAUGAGCGACGGCGGUCAUGCCGUGUAAUUCGAAGGUGUAUCACGCCACCGUCGCAUCGUGCACGAUCGUCCUCGUCGUCGCCGCCGCCUCCGUGGUGGUCGUCCGCACCGUCGUGGUCAAACUGUUGAAACACGGUAGAGUCGUGGCAUCGCCGGAAAGAUGAGCUCGAUCGACUUCGACGAGGUGCUGGUACACGUGGGAGAGAAGGGCCGAUAUCAAAACAUCAUGUACUACUUGUUGUGCAUACCCGCUACCCUGCCGGCCGCCUUCUUGGCGUUCUCGCAAGUGUUCGUGAGUGCCUCGCCAGAGCACUGGUGUAGGAUACCAGAAUUGGAGAACCUGACGUCGGAUCUGAUGUCGUUGGAGCAGAGGAAGGCGCUCUCGUUACCCUACUCGGUCAAAUCCGACGGCAAGAGGGUUUAUUCAAAGUGUCAAAUGUACGACGUGAAUUACACGCAGAUAAUUAAUUCGUGGCUCGAAGACGCCUAUCUGCCCAACACCACCGACAGCUCGUCGUUGACCACCACGUCUUCAUCGUUUCUUCCAUCGACAACCCGAUUACCAACGCCGCCCGUCAGUAGUCCCGAUUGGCCAGUAGUCGGAUGCCGAUAUGGAUGGAACUACGACACCAAGGAUUACGAUAGCACCCUCGUGACCGAGCUAGAUCUGGUAUGUGACAACAGCUGGUGGCCUUCCACGUCGACAACGUUCUUUUACGUGGGCAGUCUCUUCGGUAACGUCGUGUUUGGUUGGAUCGCCGAUAAAUGGGGUAGAAGAACGGCCUUUUUUGCCAUUCUAUUUCUCGAAGUGAUAUUUUCCAUCGCCACGAGCUUUAGUCCAAACUACGUGAUCUACACGGCGCUGAGGACCGUGAAUGGUCUUUUUUUUCCUGCCAUUUAUCAGAUACCUUUCAUACUUGCACUUGAGCUAAUGGGACCGAGAUACCGAACAUUCGCCGGGAUGGUAAUCUGCAUGUUCUUUGCCACGGCGAUGUCUCUCCUAGCGUUGUUGGGUUAUUUGUUAAGACAUUGGUACACCCUGUCGCUAGCCACUUCGGUACCUUUCAUUCUUCUCUUCAGUUACUACUGGAUCAUUCCCGAGUCACCACGGUGGCUUCUUAGUAAAAAUAGAAUAGACGAAGCUGAAGUAAUUGUCCAACAUAUGGCAAAAGUCAAUGGCAAAACAGUGCCUUCGAACUUUCUCAGAAAAAUGGAGGUAGAAAUAUUAAAGAGACAAGGGGUAUCGUGUAACGGUAGGAAUUCCAAUAACGCGGAGGGCGAGAACAGAUCGCCGCCGUCAUCCGCAACACCCAUGGACCUAAUUACAAAUCCAAACAUCAGGAAGAAGUUCUUCAUCCUCGCUUUCGAUUGGGUGGCGAACGCGGUGGUGUACAACGGUCUAUCCUACAACACGACUAAUCUAGGCGUCUCCGAUUAUCUAGCUUUCUUCAUUGGAGGAAUCGUGGAGAUUCCAUCGUACUUUCUUACGUGGUACGCAAUGGACAGAUUAGGCAGGCGAUGGGUAUUAUGCGUCACCAUGAUGCUGGGCGGACUCGCUUGCGUGUCCUGUAUGUUCGUGCCCGAAGACGCGGUCUGGGUGACUGUAAGCCUGGCGAUGAUCGGAAAAUUCGGCAUCGCUGCGUCUUUCGCUGUCUUCUACGUCUUCGUCGGUGAGCUGCUGCCGACCGUAUUAAGGUCUCAGGCGAUGGGCAUAGCUUCUUUCAUCGCCGGCAUCGGCCUCCUCACCUUCCCCUACAUUGUUCAUUUAGCAGUCUACUCGAGGGUUUUACCCCUAAUCGUGAUGGGAUCGCUAAGCGUCGCCGGCGCUCUCACUUCUGUAUUCCUGCCGGAAACGCUCAACAUCCAUCUACCGCAAACGAUCGAGGAGGGUGAGCUCUUUGGGGCUGAUUUCAAACUGUGGUCCUGUCCGACGAUACCAAAGAAAGAUAGCAAAUCCGAGUCCGUGCCGUUGAGGUAUUUGGUAAACGGCGGACCGGGUAAUCGCUCGUCUACCUCGAAAGUCGCGUUGCAGGAAGGCGCGACUACGUCGGAGGGCGAGAAGCCAGCUGCCGUGCUGCCCUCGAAGGAAGAAGAGGCGAAGAACUUAAGCGUAUCAAAGGCGGAGGAGCUGACGAAUGUUGAGGUCGUUGAGCCAAAGACGGCCAGCGCAGUGGUAGAAGUGAUCGUGUGCCGAAAGUCGCAACGAGACGAAACGGGAUAAUAGACAAUCAUAUAAUUAACUUCUUUACGACGUUGUAUUAUAAUUACCAGUAUAGACACGCAUUGUAUUUAUUUUUCCAUUUAUUAUAAUGUACUUCCUUUGUAAAACCUGCCUGAGUUUGUCGCACUAGCACGAUUCGAUCCCUGUUUUUUUUUUCUGUGCUGCUGGAGAGUGCUUUCAACUCGUUAGGGUGUGUGCGUGUACAUUGCGUGAUUGAUACGCGUAUGAGUCGAGAAUUAACAUUCGGGAUCUACAAGGACUCUAGAAUGUAAUACGCUAUACUUUUUUAUUUGUUCGGUUAAACGUCGAUUUUACAUUUGAUCCUUACGUUAUUAAGAAAAUUUUGUUGUGAUUUCAGUUAGCUUAAAUAAAAUAAUCUUAGUAUCGGAUUAUGAAUCGUCUGAAAAACCUUCUAUAAUUAAUAUUUUAUGGAUAUAUUGAGAGCGAGAACAAGGAUGUUGCCUUCAUCCUUCAUCGAUUGUAAUAUUAAAAUUAUUGUUAAAAUCAAUAUCGUGACGGAACAACAAGUAAAAAAUUAUGCAAGCGACUAGGCAGUCACCAAGGAGAACUCAACAGUCGCCUGUUUCUGUUUGAAUGACAGGCAAGUCCGCAAUAUCCUCUUUUCCUGUCCUUAAAUUUUGAAGAUCCACAUCCCCCACGAUUAUUUGAGUACUCAUCAUUGAAUCUCGUGCGAUUUUCUUAUCCUAAAAUUCUACAUUAUUCAAUACAAAAUGCGUGAGAUUGUUCAUAUCCAAGCCGGCCAAUGCGGCAAUCAAAUUGGCGCCAAGGUUAGUAUCCCAAAAAAAAAAA